CACGGCGUAUCACCGUGCAGAGCUCGCUUCGUCCCGGUGCCCGUACGCCGGCGGGGAAGCAUGCACAGCGACACGAGCCAACGGCGACGCAGCAGCAACUCGCGCUGCUCCCCGUCGCCGGCCCGCCUUGGGUAGUCUCACCCAAGUCGCCCCCUACCGUGUCAGGUGAGACGUAAAGGUCCGACGCAAGACGACAGUGGCCUCCCUGGCGUCGCUCUCUCGCCUCCUCCUUCUCUCGCCCGGAGAGCUUUGCCUUUUCGCAGCGAAAGCACGGCUUUGACCGGACUGGACCAGGAACGAAUCGUUCUUUCCUUUUUUGGGAAAGGAUGCAUGCACUGCUCUGCAUUUGCCAUCCAUCAGUCUGCCAACUUCCCUUCAGGAUUUCUCUGCACCAACAUCUCUGUUCGUUUCCCAGUCGCUUUCAAGCUUCGAGAAGAUAGAGAGCAGUGGCGAUUUGUGGAGCAGGGUUUUGAAAUAGGAGAGGCGCAGUGAGGCAAGUGGGAGAGCACUCAGUUGCGUGCUUUGCAUGGAAGGUAGGGAGGGCAUUGUGUCGUCGAGGUGCGAAGGAGGAGGAGGAUGGGGAGUUCCGCCGCCGGCGCCACCUUCAGGGAGGGUCGCACCGCCCGAAGGGACUGGCUUUACGACUGGAGUGGUCGGAAGCGGCGACGGGGUAGAAGUCAGCGAUGGAGACCUCGCGGCGGUGAAGAAGAGGGGAAGGCCUAGAAAGUACGUCCCUGAUGGCCUGGCCCUGGUGCCGUCCCCCACCGCUGGCUCUGCCUCCCCUUUCUCCCCUGGUUCUGGUUCCUCCGAAGCCAAACGAGGUAGAGGAAGGCCACGCGGCUCCGGAAACCGCCAACUCCUUGCGGCACUCGGAGAAUACUUCACUGUCUCGGCCGGAGGGGGCUUUACACCCCAUGUUGUGACCAUUGACACAGGGGAGGAUGUCAUUGCGAGAAUUCGUUCCUUCUCAGAGAAGGGUCCGCGGACUACCUGCAUACUAUCUGCAAAUGGAGCUGUCUCCAAUGCUACCUUGCACCAGCAGGGUUCUUCUGGGGGUACCUUUACUUAUGAGGGUCGAUUUGAGAUUCUUUCUCUGUCUGGAUCAUUCUCGAACGCUGCUACUGGGGGUGUGCGAAGUAGAACUCGCUCGAUAAAUGUAUCACUUGCAGGACCUGAUGGCCGUGUUAUCGGCGGAGGAGUUGCUGGUUUGUUGCUAGCUGCUAGUCCAAUUCAAAUGAUCGUUGGAAGCUUCAGGCCAAACGCUUUCAAGAAUCAACAAGCAAAACUCAGCCAGUCAACAGCUGCAAGGCCUACUUCUCAGGCCAACCUCGACGAUGACUGUGACACCCCCACCUCAGCCUUACCCAAACAACCAUUCGCAGAGAAUAGAAUGUCUGACCCUACGGCAAGCACUACUCUCCGUCCAACAAGCUGGCAUGGUCUGCAGUCUCCAGAGCACAAGGCUUCCCCUGACAUUAACAUACGUCUACAUGGAGAAUAAGGCUGAGGCACUUUUGACAAAUCACACUGCUUUAACAUGAUCUAAGUGUCUUAUUUCUCAGAUGUUAGGUUAGGUAAAGGUCGGCAGUUAGCCAUUACUGAGAACAUUGUUGCUCCCAAAUGUUUUGCUUUGGAUUGUAUUUUCAUACUUUACUGUCAUUGUUUCCCUGUUUUACCUGUGGAAGCCUGAGGAAACUUGCAUGGAUGUCCUUUG